GGUCAUGUGACGUUAGCCUGGACUGAAUCUGGCUGCUGCUUUUGCGUCUGUUGUGAGUGCUAAGGCUAAGUGCUGUUCCAAGGAAACACAGACUACCAAACUUUUCCUUCCUUGAGAACCCAGAGGAAGCUCCAGAAUGUCGUAUGGAUCUAUUGAUGGUGGCUCCUUUGGCAGCAGAAACCCAUUUGGUGGGCCCACAAGGCAGGGCUACCAGCCAGUAGCUACUCAAGUCAGCCCCUCAGAGUUGCAAGAUGUGUUCCAGGAAACCUCUUCCAACAUCUUCCAGAUUAAUGCCAAUGUGGUAACUUUAGAGAAGAGCCUUCAGUCGCUGGGAACUUCCAGAGAUACAGCAGAGCUACGCCAGAGCCUACACUCCACACAGCAGCAAACUAAUAAAGUUAUUACAAGCACAAGCCAACUUAUCAAACAGCUCUCUGACAUCAUCAGCGGCUCCUCACGGCAAGACCGACUGCGCCUGACAAGGCUGAAGACAGAACUGUCGGAGUCAGUGCAGCGUUAUGGAGACCUGCAGAAGAAAAUUGCAGAUCGUUCAAGGGCCUUACUUCCACCAGCGCAAAAUGACAGAAAACAGAGCCCACAGACGCCGUUCACUGAGCUGUGUGAGGAAGGCGCGCUGUUUGGAGCAGCGGAGAACGUGGAGGGUGAAGGACAGCAGGCGUUCCUGUCGGAGAUCAGUGAGGAGGAUGUGGAGGUUCUGCGCAAGAGAGAAGAGGCUUUGCUGCAGAUAGAGAGAGAUAUGCUGGAUGUGAACCAGAUUAUGAAGGACUUGGCCAGCAUGGUGCACGAGCAAGGAGACACCAUAGACAGCAUUGAGGACUACAUUCAGACCACCAGCUCACAUGUGGAGUCUGCUAACCAGGAGCUCGCAAAGGCCAGUCAUUAUCAGAGGCAGCUGAGAAAGAGGAAAUGCUAUCUGCUGAUUGCUGGGAUGCUUAUUUUGACUCUCCUGAUCCUCAUCAUCGCUUUAUCAGCCAGAAAAUGAGAGAAAGCCUUUAGAUGCAGUUUCUGCUCUGCUGUGACCUCUCCUCAGCCCUCCUCAGGCCGUCCUUUACUUCAUCCUCCUGCCAUUCUGUCCGUCCUUCUGUUUCUCUUAGUAUGCUUGCUCUUUUAUCUGUGGUGAGAAUAAAUUGUGUGUGUGUGGACAUUUUAAGUGAUUUAAAGUAAUUUUUAAUCAGCCAUUUUACUGUACUGCUCUUUACCUCUUUAAAUUGGGCUUAUAUCAAAGAACAGACUCCAAAUGCAUUUGAUGUAGGCUGGUUGUCAAUAUGUCAAUAUUACCAUAUUUUAUUUUUUCUUCAUUUGCUUGCCCAUAUGUUCACUAUUUGCUGCUUCUUGGCACUGUGUUCAUACAUUAAAUAGUAAAAUA